GAGGUAUACGAUUAGUUUGUAAUGUUUACACACGAGACGUUUGUGGUGAAUAAAUCGACUGUUUGAUACACCUCGUGUUCGUUUAACCGUGAUAUAAGCCAGACUUUUUUAUAUAUGUGAUAAUAACUUUUGGAUAUUUAACACUGUUUAAUAUUGAUUAUUCAUAUACCCCGAGUUUAUCGUUUAAACGCCACAAACUUCUGUGAUAAUAUUUGGAUAUUUAACAAGUGUUUUAAAAUGUCUUUUAGAACCAAAGCUGGUAUGUGUGUGUUAGUUUUAACACUCUGUGUGUAUUUACUACAGCCCGGGUGUUUAAAGAAUAAUAUAUUAGGCUGUACUUUAUCGGCUUUAGUAUUUUACACACUCAUGUUAGCAACUUCAGGGUUUUUAAUAUUCAAAAGUCCACCCCAAGAAUUCGUCGAUUCGAAUGGAAAGGCCGUCUUUAUUACAGGUUGUGACAGUGGUUUUGGUGCCGAGUUAGCCUGUCGUCUGGAUAAAUUAGGGUUUACAGUGUUUGCAGGAUGCCUGAUGCCAGAUCGCGAAGGUGCUCAGGGUUUGAAGGAAAUGACGUCAGGUCGCGUGCAUAUCGUACAUAUGGAUGUAACAGAUGAUUGGUUGGUUAGACAAGCUGUUCAAUACGUCAAGAAUAAUAUUGGCGAUAACAUUUUGUGGGCGUUAGUGAAUAAUGCUGGUGUGGCUGUUUUUACGGAGAUAGAAUGGUGUUCCGUGGAACAGUACACUAGAAUCAUGGAUGUUAACGUUAUUGGUGUUGUCAGGGUUACCAAAGCCUUUUUACCUCUCAUACGUCCAUCUAAAGGUCGGGUUGUGAAUGUUGCUAGCUUAGCGGGUCGAUUUACACUGCCUGCGUUUUCUGCCUACUCCAUGUCUAAGAAGGCCUGUAUAGCCUUCUCUGAUGGUCUCAGAUUAGAAAUGGCGAAAUUUGAUGUAAAAGUUAUUACAAUAGAACCUGGAUUAUACAGGACCCCAAUCUCCAGUGAAGAAUACCUAAUCGACAUGAACCGAAAAUCCUGGGCUGAAACACCAAAAGAUAUCAAAAACGAUUAUGGUGAAGAGUACUUCGACGCUUUCUUACAGAACAUCACACAACAGAUGAAACGUGCACGACCUCACGUUCAUGAGGUCACUGAUUUGAUGGUUCAGGCAGUGGUGACGAAGAACCCACAUUUUCGUUACGUACCUUACUGGAUGACGUAUCUAAGAUCUGAGCUCAUAGGAUAUUUACCCACUUCCGUCACAGAUAAAUAUUUCAAAGCUAUUUCAGUGAAGUGCGAUGUCCAAUCAAAACGUCGAGAAUCUGAAAGAGAUUCCAAAGAGAAUGGUAAAAAGGAAAAGUAGAAUUAAAUCUUUUCUGGGGCCGCCAAAAUUUUUAAAUUGAUUGAGCUGAACGCAUAUUGUCGACAUCGUUUUGAUUAAAUGUUGUUAAUACGACGCCAUUACGUUGUCUUGGAAUUAUUGAUGGCGCUUUUGAUUCAAUUGUUCAGAUAUAUCUACUAAUGAGCUAUUUAAAUCAAUUUUUUAAAAUGAUUGUAUGAAAUCCGUCAAGGCGAUUGGUUGAAUAACCGGAAAUUGUUCAACUGCAAGAAUGUCCACGUGUUAUGUAAGGAUGUAAGGCGUCCAUUGAUUGGUAAAACCUAUAAAUUGUGACCAAUGGAUUGUAACUCUAUGAGGAUGAAAGACCAAAAAAUGUUGUUGUUUUUUUUUUCUUUUAUUGUAUGUUAAAUUUUAAAUUUUAAUUAGAGUGUUUUAUUCGAUAUGUUUUAUUUGACAUGUUUAAAAUUAGAUUUAUUAUUUAUAGAUUAGAAAUAUUUAGAACAAUUAAUAAUAAUAUAUCAUCUAAGUGAUGACAUUUUCUUGUUGCUAUGGAGAUUGUGUGAGCUAAAGAAACAUUUUGCUUCAAGCGAACCCGACCGGUUGGUAAAGUAAACAUUUCUCGAUUCAGAACGGAGGGUUGGAUGGCUGAAUGGUUAGCGUGCGCGUGCUGUAUCAUAAAGCCUGUCAUUGAGUCGACUGGCGUGGUUUCGAAUCCCCGGUUGUACGUGACAAGGAGUAGGGUCGCCUGUCCAACCUCGUGGGUUUUCUCUGGGUCCUCCGGUUUCCUCCCACUGCUAAAGACCCCUAUGCGCAAGCGAAUUAUUGAAAUAAAAUUAAACCAUAUGUUAGUCCCGAAAUGACCUAGUUUGUGUCGAGUGGACGUUAAACCUCAUUUCUCUCUCUCUCUCUCUCUCUCUCUCUCUCUGUUCAGGGUGUCGACUGGAGAGAAUUGGAAGUUAAUUGAUUAUUUUUCUCGUUAUAUAGACCACAUUCUCUAUGUGUUCUCGUCAAUAUCAUAUUAUUUUGUUGUCAGUUUGUUUUUGUUGUUAAUUAUUCAGGACAAUUUAUUAAUAUGCCUCUAAUAUGAUGUAAUGCUAGGAUUAAUAGCUUAAAGGCCAGUACACACUUGUGAUUAUUUGUCGCCAUAAGUCCUGCUUUUCCCAAUCGAUUAAAAUACAGAUCUAUAUUUCGUUUCGGUUUUUUUAUACUUUCGAUAGCCUCUACUGCAUGAAGAUCUGACCAGUUGUAUUGGGAGGUUAUACGACCGAUUUUGACCCUAUGACGUCAGACAUUUGAUUAAUGAAUCAGCAGGGAUGUUUCUAGUGGUUUACCCACAAAACCUCACCGUAACAGACCGUUUUAUUGGCUAAUCCCUCACAUCAUCCAGGACAAAGGUUAUAUAACAACUCUUCCAGAUCCCAGUGUAGUAAAAACAAGUAAAACGAAAUUUUGAACAAUAAAAAACAAAUAUGAUCUGUGUUUAAUUAGAUUGGGCAACACUACGCCAUUUUGUUAUCGCUUGAUAAACCACGCCCUAACUACCGUAGGCUUAUUGCUGUAGAAAUAGUCGCGGUUAUGAAACGCCAUGAUACAUAUUCGAAGAACCCCGGAACGUGGAUACGGGGCCGACAAAUAAUCGCUUGCAAUCUGUCCUUUGGUUUUAUUGACCAUAAUAAAUGUAAUCUAUUAAUUGUUCUGCAUAAUUUAUAAUGCUCGCGGUAUAUAUCGUCGAUCUUUCUGUCUGAAUUGUAUAUUAUUGAUAAUGACUGCUGACGGAUGAUCUGGAAAAUCGUAGCAAUUUACCAAGAAAAUAAAUAAAAUUAAAUGUUAUCCAGGUCUUACUAAUCAAGACGAAGUUAUUUUGCCCGGAGAGUGGCGCGAAGGACAACUUCUAUUUUGAAUGGGGGGGGGGGUGGAUGGCUGAAUGGUUAGCGUGCGCGCGCUGUAUCAUUAAGUCUGUCAUUGAGUCGACUGGUGUGGUUUCGAAUCCCCGGUUGUACGUGACAAGGAGUAGGGUCGCCUGUUCAACCUCGUGGGUUUUCUCCGGGUCCUCCGGUUUCCUCCCACUUCUAAAGACCCCUACGCGCAAGCGAAUUAUGUAAAUAAAAUUAAACCAUAUGUUAGUCCCGAAAUGACCUAGUUUGUGUCGAGUGGACGUUAAACCCCAUUUCUCUCUCUCUCUCUAUUUUGAAUUCUUACGUGUACACGGGACCUCUGUUUUUUACCCAUCCAAACGACUAGACACUCGUCUCUUGCUCGGGCUUCGGCCUGUCUACUCUGCUUCGAGAAUAGAUCUCUGCUCUAACUAGCCACCAUAUCCAACAAUUAGUAUACUGUUCUGUAAUGCGGUCCUACUCCGGUUCACGUCUGUUAAACACAAAAGACUAAUUAAACCUGUUCAUUUUAUAAAAUGAAAGAAGAAUAUAAACUUCUCAAAAUUCUCGAAACACUUCUUCUCAAGCUGAGAUACUUAACUCAAUGACAGACCUUAUGGUGUAACGCGCACGCAUUACCCCCCCCCCCUCCAUCCUACUAAUUUAGUCGCCAUGGCUCCCUACAAUUUACCAAUGCAACAUCGACAUUGUAAACUAUAACAUGACUAACCUUUCUAUGUCACGCUUUAAUCUGAUUUAGAAAUGUCUUUUCCCAGGGCGGUAAUAGCAUCAAAUAGUUCUUUUUCACGCGGGAAACAUUGAUUUUCAUAUUAAUUGUUAGUAACUGGACCAAGUUGCAUAAAGUGAAAUAUCAUUAAGUUUAAUUUAUGGUGAUAUGUCCUAUAAUCUGAACUGUCCAAGUUUAGUAGCCUCGCGCAUGCGUUAAUGAAAUGAAAUAAAAUGGGGUUUAACUCCCUACUGUCCUGCUCCGUCUGGGUUAAUGGAGACGGUUGACAGUGAGACCCAGGAAUAUAUUUAUCAGACAUAAUAAAUAAUUUGUUCAUAUUGUUAAGAAUUGGCCGCAUAUUAUUAUUCUGUGACAUUGGUUCUAGACUAGGGUCGCCUUUUAUACCAUCCAUCUAGUGUACCAUUUUAGUAGCCUAUUUGUAAUUCUAGUUAAACAUACAUUAUGCAAGAGCUAAAUCUGCCUAUUGCAGACUUUUCUUUAGGCCUGAACUGUUAUCUAUAUUAUUAAUUAGAUAUUAAUUAACUCAUCCAGAUCAUAAUCAAUUCCCGAAGUCAUCGCUAGCCUGCGAUAUUUAACAGAUUGGAAUACAUUUUUUGAAAAAUAAUUAAACGUACAGUUCAUAAUCGAGACUUUAGUAAUGAUGAUCGAGGCUAGCCUAAAAUUCAAAAGCUAAUAUCUCGGUUCAGAGCGAAUCAAUUUGACUGAAAUUUUCGGCAUGUUCUAUUUACAUUAUCUAGUUUUUAACUAUUAGAGCGAGAACUGCCAGCUCUUUAUUUAAUCUUCCAUAAUGUAUCUUUAAUAAACUAAUUUAGAGAGAACUGUCAGCUCUUUAUCUAACCUCCAAUAAUGUAUCUUAAUAAACUAAUGAAGAGUGUAUAGAAAAUUAUUAAAUACCUUUAAUGUAUCUUUAAUAGAACUAAUAUAAUGAGAACUGCCAGCUCUUUAUCUACUAUUGCAUAAUGUAUGUUUAAUUGUUGUUAAUUGUGUGAUAAGAGUAAAUUAUAACUCUAAAUGCACAUAUAAUUGUUCACUAAUAUUGUUUUUUUACUCUAUCACAAUUGUUUAAAAUAUUAUUUAUAAUUCUGUGUUGUUUUGUACAGUUAGAAUUUACCUCCCAAGUUUAGUUUGUGUCAAGUUUGUGGCUUUUAUCUAUUUUUAUGUGUUCAACUGUCGACAUACAGUUUAAGGGAAAAAAAUGAAACUUAAAGUAUUGAACAAGUCCAUUUUCAAAAGGAAAAAUACGCACAUUGUAAAAACGGGUUAACCAACAAGGGAUUAAAAUAAAAUUACUUACAUUAUCUUCAAGAGUCGGUGCGCACCUAUAUACCAAUACGGCCGCCAUCUUUAUUUGCCGUGAACCAAAUUGAUAGGCCUAUUUUAAAUCCGAUUGAAUCCAACCGGGAGAUUAUCAAGCUUUGGUAUUUGAUUCGUCUGUUUUUGUUUAGUACAUAUCAGCGUUAAGCCGUGAGAAAUUUGAUACUGAAUCGAAAAAUACAAAUCACGUAUUGUUACUUACAUAACAAAACUUCAGUUGGGACAAGGUAUCCUAUAUUACCCGCCAUAUUGUUUUGACUCGGUGAAAACAUUUGGUCCUCGAACAUUUCACAAUACUUGGCCCCUUCUGUAGUAUACUACAUUACAAGAUAAUGUAAGAAAUUUAAUCCCUUUAACCGCCUGUAGAUCAAAUUAAUUAAAUAAUUUAUUUUUUCCUGAAUGACAGAGUUCACUAAAUUUAGUACUCCCUCGGUCUUUUGUUACGUCAUGCUUGCAGGUUUUAUUUAAGUUUUUAUUAAAACCUACGAUUAUGGCCGUCAUAUCAAGAUCUAACGUCAUUGCUUUUCAUUAGCACUUUGUUUUUACUUUCUAAGACAUACAUGUAUACUAUUUUUUUAUGUUUUAUUUUUCUAAUUGUUCCCAUAUAAGGUAUUGUUUAUUAUAUUAUGUAUUUUAGAAGUAGAACAAGUCAAUAAAAUAAUAAAUAUUCUC